AUGUCGAGAACUCUACCCUUCACGCUGGACACCCCAUCCCUCCUCCACGAGGCAUCCCUCCUCAAUGGAAACUGGGUACAGUCCAAAUCCGGGCAGGUCUUCGAAAUCGAAGACCCCGGCACAAACAAACCCUUCGCCAGGUGCCCAACAAACACCACCACCGACGUAGACGGCCACAUCCAAUCCUCACACAGCGCAUUCCAAACCUACCGGCACACCAAUCCACGCACCCGCGCAAAACAGCUCCUAGAAUGGCACAACCUCAUCGCAGCCUCCAAAUCCGACAUCGCCAAACUCAUCGUCUACGAAACCGGCAAACCCACAGCCGAAGCCCUCGGCGAAGUCGAAUACGCACUCGGGUUCGCGUGGUGGUUCGCCGGCGAAGCAGAGCGCGUACGCGGGUCCAUCGCGCAGCCCUCGAUCUCUGAUCGGCGCACGUUCGUCGUGAAACAGCCCAUCGGGGUGUGUGUGGCUCUUGUGCCCUGGAAUUUCCCCGUCGCGAUGAUUAUAAGGAAGGUGUCUGCGGCGCUGGCGGCCGGGUGUACGGUUGUGAUUAAACCGUCGCCGGAGACGCCGCUGAGUGUUCUUGCCCUGGGCGAUUUGGCGCUGAAGGCUGGGAUUCCUGCUGGGGUUGUGAAUGUGCUUACGACGGAUAAUGUACAUACGCCUGCUGUGAGUGAGGCGCUUUGUAAACAUCCGUUGGUGAGGAAGGUUACCUUCACGGGGAGUACGGGGGUGGGCGAGCUGAUUGCGCGGCAUUGCAGUGUGGGAUUGAAGAAGGUGACCCUGGAACUUGGCGGGAAUUGUCCGUUUUUGGUUUUUGAUGAUGCGGAUUUGGAGCAGGCUGUUGCGGCGCUUAUGGUGUUGAAGUGGAGGACGGCGGGGCAGGCUUGUACGCAUGCGAAUCGUGUUUAUGUGCAGGCUGGGGUGUAUGAAAAGUUCCUUGGGAUGGUUGUUGAGGCGACGAAGAGGUUGAGGGUUGGGCAUGGGGCUGGUGAGGGGACGACGAUGGGGGCGUUGACCACGCAGAGGGGGAUUGAGAAGCUGGAGAGGCAUGUUGAGGAUGCAGUUAAGAAGGGGGGUCAGGUUGUACUGGGGGGUAGGAGGUUGGAUGUGGAUGGGCUUGGAGGGAACUUCUUCCAGCCUACAGUCAUCUCGGGCAUGUCGGCGGAUAUGCUGACCACCAAAGAGGAGAUCUUUGGCCCACUGCUUGGUUUGUACCGCUUUGAGACUGAAGAUGAGGCCGUUCGUAUGGCGAAUGAUACCAGCAUGGGGCUGGCUUCGUACUUCUUUACACGCGAUGUCAGUCGGACGUGGCGGUUGCUGGAGAGCCUGGAGGCCGGCAUGAUUGGCAUGAACACGGGAAAUUCGUCCGCAGCAGAGUCUCCAUUCGGAGGCAUCAAGGCAUCUGGAUACGGCAAAGAAGCUGGCAAGGACGUGGCCAUUGAGGAGUAUCUGAUUGCCAAAACAGGCACUCUGACCGUGGCAGCUUCGAAGUUGUAG